ACUUCGCAGCUGCAUGGUCGCCCACGGCGCAGGGUUCAUUUAACUCCGCAAACAUACAACUCUUUAACAUUGUGUCGCGCUAAACGUCCCACUGCCAGUGUCCCGCACUAAUGGACACUGACAAAUGGUCCCCCGAAAGAAUCCCGCGCGCGAAAUCUCUCUCGUGGCCUCUCCUUUCGCUCGUCUUCGUCCGACGAGGCGGUUGCCAACUGCAUAAUACCGCGAGAGGAGACACUCGGCGCUUUGUAAAUUACUCGACUGGCAAUGGUACAAGAGCCUCGUUGCCUUGUGCGUUUCGCGUGUUUGCGAUCGCUUCUCGUUUCUCGAGGAUGAACCUGUCGCUGAUCAUGAUCGUCGCUACGAUGACUUUUAUUGCACGUCGGUCGGUGCCACUCAAUAAAGCACCCGUUUUCAUCGAGCGGAAGGAUAUAUCGCUUUCCAAUUACUUCGCCAGAGAGGUGUGAGCGCGGAGAAAAAAAAAAGAAAGGAAAGGGACUGUCGUUUUCGCAACCCUAUCGACCCUCCCCCCUUUUCAUACCAUAAUAGCGUAUGGUGCGUGCGGUUUACGCGACCAUAAGCGCGUGCAUCCCGCGGAGAGGCGCAGGUAUAAACGCAUCGACGGAAAGAAGAGAGGGUUGCAUCGACGUUCAGUGGGGUAGGUCUCCUGGUCCCUUAAUCCAUUACUCGAUAUAUUAAUUCGUUUCUCUCCCGCGUGUUCCAGGUAGCUCGGCGUGCUCUUUUUCG